AUUCUGAAUCAAGCAGGUGUUUAUGUAACGCGCAGAUACGCUUUGCUGUGCUUGUGGCGCGCCUCGUAACAGAGUCCUUAAUUAUCGUGAUUGAGAUAAAAAAGAAUAAUCGCAAUGUUUCGACCUGUAAUGUUGAUGAGCAAAGAACUCUCCAGUCGCUCCAGUCCUUCCAGUUGCUCGUUACAAAUCGCAAGAAUGUGCACCAAAGAAAACCACGGGAAAAUCUCCAGUCGCAGCCAUGGAACACAGGGUGAGCAAUAUUUUAGGCAUUGCAGCAGCUGCCUAUGGUCCAAACAGUGGAAACAAGAGACGCAGCGACGGACAUACGGCACUCGUUCUUGGGACCUGGCUUCGGCUACGCCAAUGGCUACGGCUCCAGGUGGAGCCGGUAUUAAGUACACAGACAUCCCCUUGACGAGCCUGCGACAGUCGCUUGCAGAACGGCUAUUGCGGGCAAAGCCAACUGUUCCCCACUGGUACUUCUCGGUUGACAUCAAAAUGGAUGCGGCCUUGAAGCUUCGUGAAGAGUUCAACAGGGCACUGCAGAAGGACAACAUCAAGAUCUCGGUGAACGACCUUGUGAUCAAGGCCACUGCCCUGGCAUGCACGAAGGUGCCGCAGGCAAACUCCUCCUGGCAGGGGACUUUCAUUCGACAGUACAAGUCUGUCAAUGUCUGCAUGUCCGUGGACACACCUAGAGGUCUCGUCAUUCCGGUUGUGCAUGCGGCGGAGAAAAAGGGUCUUGCGAGUAUCAGUGAAGAGACGAGAAGCUUGGCCUUGAAAGCGCGGGACAACAAAUUACAGCCACACGACCUUGAGGGCGGAACGGUAAGCGUCACCAACGUCGGAAUGAUCGGAGUCACCAGCUUUCCAGGGAUGGUCAACCCUCCUCAGCGUAAACGAGUGUAUAAAAAACACGUACAUAAAAUCAAUCUCUCACCCGAACUAGCAGAGUUGGUGAAAUCUAAAAAUCUUAACCUUGUGGUAAACGGCAACGAUCCGCUCAUGAAAGCGUCGUGA